AUGAAUUUUUAGAGAAUAUAUAUAUAUGUAGUUAGAAUGUUAGUCUUAAUAUUAAUAAAUAAUAAUUAUCAUAUAAAAUUAGAAUACGAUUUAAAAUACAGAAUGAAAUCUUAAUUAUUGAUUGGUGCAACUUUGAUUGCAUUAUCUUUGACUUUAUUGGCUGUUUCCAAUUAGACUAGUCACUUAUUGAAGGAUGAAGAACCUAAGCAAACAAGAGAUUUCCUAUCACUUUGCGUGAUUAGAUCUUGCUACCAUUUGAUGAGUACCUGUGUUUCUGAUGAUACUUGCAAGAGUGAAUUUGAAUAAUUCUAAGCUUCAUUCCUUGCUGAUUACACUCAAUAUGAUUAACUAGUUGCUAAUGCUAAGCAUCCUGCUUUGGUCUCUGCUCUUAAAUGUUAAAACGACUGUGGUGCUAGAUAAUACUUUGAAGAUUGCGGUUCAGUUCAAUCUUAUAUUUACUCUUGCCCAAAUGAUCCCGAAUGUGUUAAGGAAAAUUAAGAAUAUUUCGACAAUGCUAAUUAAUGUGCAACUAGACAAUACAAGGCUUGCAAUGGUUUAUCAGAUGAAGCUCAUUAAAUCUGCUUUUUAACUGAGUUGGUCUAUUGCUUCUCAGAUGGUGUUUCAGGAUCUAACACAAAGUACGAAGAUGCCAUUUUAUGUGCAUGA